CUGUAAACUGGCGGAACUAUUUUUUCCCCCAAAUCUGACCCUAGAGAGGAAUAGGGCCUUUUUUCUAAUGAAGACAUAAGUUAUGAUUAAAUUCCAGAAGAAUGGUUAAGCUCCAAUUGACUGAAAUGGGGAUGUUCCAGACUCUGAUCAUUGAGUUGCGAGAAUAUUUAAGUAUGAAUCGGUUAAAGCAGUGGAGCUUUAUGUAAGACAUGGAUAGAUGCAAACAUGUUGGGCGGCUACGACUUGCCCAGGACCAUUCUAUUCUGAACCCCCAGAAGUGGCACUGCAUGGACUGCAACACCACAGAAUCAAUUUGGGCUUGCCUAAAAUGUUCUCAUGUGGCCUGUGGGAGAUACAUUGAGGACCAUGCACUUAAACACUUUGAAGAAACCAGGCACCCUUUGGCUAUGGAAGUAAAUGAUCUCUAUGUGUUUUGUUACCUUUGUGAAGAUUAUGUAUUGAAUGAUAAUCCCGAAGGUGACUUGAAAUUACUAAGAAGUUCUUUGUCUGCAAUUAAAAGUCAGAAGCAUGAUCCAACAGCUAGAAGUGGGAGGACGCUGCGGUCAAUGGCUUUGGGGGAUGAUGUUUGCAACCAUCAGAGGACCCCUCAGGGACAGCCUCAGAUGCUUACAGCUCUCUGGUAUAGAAGGCAGUCAUUGCUUGCAAAGGCAUUGCGGACCUGGUUUGAUAAGAGUUCAAGAGGCCAGAGAAAAAUAGAACAAAAGAAGCAAAUGGAAGAACUGGAAAAAAAGAAAGAAGUGGCCAGGCAACGGCGACAAGAGAUGAAGCGGAGAUUGUUGGAGGAGUUGGCAAACACUCCUCCAAGAAAAAGUGCCAGACUUUUGUCACACAUUCGCAGAGAGAAUCUAAUUCCUCGAAAGUUCAGAGAUAUGGAAGGAAGUUCCCCUACCUCAAGACGGGUGCAAAAUAGCAAGUUCAAACAGUUCUAUUCCAUCCGGCGAAAGCCUCUCAUGACUCCUGGUGUGACUGGACUAAAGAAUCUAGGAAAUACAUGCUACAUGAAUUCCAUCCUCCAAGUAUUAAGCCACCUCCAGAAGUUUAGAGAAUGUUUCUUGACGCUGGAUCUUUGUGAAACUGAAGAACUGUUAGCUAAGACUGUGAAUGGAAAGUCUAGAAUGUCUGGAAAGCUGAUCAGUGGGCCUGCUCCUACUGAGUCAGGGAGGAAUGAUCAGCUGGGUUCACAUGGCAGGCAGAGCCUGCCAGCUGGCUUAAAUGGCGGGUCCUCAAUAAGCAAAAGUUUAGAACUAAUACAGCCCAAGGAGCCAAAUUCAAAGCACAUCUCUCUUUGUCAUGAACUGCACACACUUUUCAGAGUCAUGUGGUCUGGGAAGUGGGCUUCAGUAUCUCCUUUUGCUAUGCUGCAUUCUGUGUGGAGUCUGAUUCCAGCGUUUCGAGGUUACGACCAGCAAGAUGCUCAGGAAUUUCUCUGUGAAUUGUUGGACAAAGUGCAACAGGAGCUGGAAUCAGAAGGAACAAAACGCAGGAUCCUCAUUCCUUUUUCACAGAGGCAGCUCACCAAGCAGGUUCUGAAGGUGGUGAACACCAUUUUUCAUGGGCAGCUACUCAGUCAGGUCACCUGUAUAACGUGUAACCAUAAAUCCAAUACUGUGGAACCCUUCUGGGAUCUUUCCUUGGAAUUUCCUGAACGCUACCACUCCAUCAACAAAGGGAUUCUGCCAGUUAAUCAGACCGAGUGCAUGCUGACUGAAAUGUUGGCAAAAUUCACGGAAACAGAAGCUUUGGAAGGGAGGAUUUAUGCAUGUGACCAGUGCAACAGCAAACGACGGAAGUCUUCUCCCAAACCUCUUAUUCUAAGCGAAGCUAAAAAACAGUUAAUGAUCUACAGGCUACCUCAGGUCCUCCGGCUGCACCUUAAACGAUUCAGGUGGUCUGGACGUAAUCACCGUGAGAAGAUUGGGGUCCAUGUCCUCUUUGACCAGGUAUUAAACAUGGAACCUUACUGCUGCAGGGACACUCUCUCCUCUCUUGACAAAGAGACCUUUGUCUAUGACCUCUCGGCUGUGGUGAUGCAUCAUGGGAAAGGGUUUGGCUCAGGACAUUACACGGCAUAUUGCUACAACACAGAGGGAGGUUUUUGGGUCCACUGCAAUGACUCCAAAUUGAAUGUAUGUAGUGUGGAGGAGGUAUGCAAAACCCAGGCCUACAUUCUUUUUUAUACUCAAAGAACUGUGCAGGGCAAAGCAAGUAUCUCAGAAACACAACUUCAAGCUCAGGUGCUGUCCAAACACAAUGAUAAAGAUAGAAGACUGACACUCCCCUGAAAGGAAAAAUUCUGUCUCUGUCAACUGGCUUAAUUUUUUUUUAAAAAAAGCCUUUGGAGUUCACCCAUCUUGGCAGGAACAAAUACUGCUGCAGGAAUUGUUUGGAUCCAUGGUCUGGAGAAGUGGGCCUCCUAUUAUGUGCAACUCUGUUCUAUGAGAUUGUAGCAAAACAUCUAUUUUUUUUAAAGACAGAUGUAUUUGUAAACCCUUUCCUCUUCUAAACAAAACAAAGAGUAACAGCCUCCAGUGUCUAGGACCAUUGAUCUUCUUUCAAAGAGAAAUCUAAUGUGGUGUGGAAAAAUACGUACAUCCAAACUUCUGUGUACAACCAGGAUACAAAGCCAUCAAACUGACCACAAAUAUAUAAAUUCCUUCAGAAAGGGAAAAUAUAGGUACAGUAGACUUUCAUUUCAUCUUUACUUGAUGUGAAGAGUUAUUGCAUCUCUUAUUCAGUUAUUAUCCAUUAACCAUCAUUUCAGUCCAGCAUAGUUUGGGUAGGUGGAAUUGUACUGUGCUAAAACCCAUGCUAAGAUGUUUUACACUAAGAAAAAUGUGCUCAUUAGCCCAUUAUUUUGUGUAACAGACUUGUUAUCUUUUGUGCCCUGCCAUCAUUCCAAUUCAUUUGAAUGAACAAAUACUGAAAUUAUAUAGAACAGUGAAGAAUGUGUCACACUUCAAGUCUGUGCUAAAAACAAACAAAUGUUUCUGCCCCCUCUAUCUAUAUUUUCAACAACUGCUAAUAUGACAAAUACUGAAACUGAAUUUACAGUCUCUAUUUUCCUAUGUAAUGAUUUCGUUUUGGGAUAGCCAUGACUUAUGAGGUUUUCAUUAUGUAUUGGCUAUCACAUGAUAAUCACUGUAGCCAGUUUUACAAUAGAGAGGGCUGGUUUUUAUAUUACUGACUCAUUUUCUUUUUCAUUUACUGCUAUCAAAACAUAUCUCCUUUUGUCCUUUGUACACAACAUAUGUGCAAAGAGGAAUGUUCAGAAUUGUAUCAGUUAUCACACGUGAUAAAUAGGAAAUAUAUAGUUCACGACCAUCAAAUGUCCUAAACAUUAUGACCAUCCUUCUUCUGCCUCUUAGUAUUUUGGGGUGGAAAGCGGUACUGGGAGAAUGUUUGUACUUAAAUUAUGAUGGGGAUGUGUUCAUUCUCCUUCUCUUCCUUCACGUCAGUUCACAGAGCCUUAGAAACACAGUUCCCAAACAAUUGCAAAAAUCCUUCUUUGGCUUAUAUUGUAAUUCCCUUUGUAUAUCUUGGUUGCAUUCAACACUUCAACAUAAUUUUAAAUAUAAUUAAUUUUCUGUCUCUGAUGGUUAGAGCUGUUGUGGAGCCUUUGUUUGCUGCAGCAGCUCUGCAGAAAAUAUAUACCUAAAUCUCAGUGUAACUGAACAGCUUGGUGCUUUUGAACUAGGAAACAUAGACUGAUAUCAUAAAAUUAUCCCAUUGUUUACUUAUUGCACAUGAAGUGUAAUGAAAUUUUGCUGGAAAGUACUGCCCUAUAGGGAAGCAUACUUAUUUUGCGUAAAGAAAUGAAUCAGUCAAAGCUUGGAAGUUGUGGAUGCAGCCUCAUUGUAAAACCAAAGGAGUUGAGCACUGUCGAUGAUUUCCAAGCAAAUAACUGUUAGCCUGUUGCAUAAUUUUAAAAAUGUAUUGUGAAAUCUCAAAAAUUAGUCAACAAAUUGUUAUUUGGCAUAAGCAUUUAUAGCCCAUAUCCCCCUUCUUCAGAUACAUUUGAAGUUGGCUAGAGCUCAUGAAGGCUUAUGCUAAAUGAAACUUUUUAAUCAUGUUGGAUGAUAGAUCUAUUUUUAAUAUCGUAAUUAUUGAGUUUAAGUAUGUAUAUGCUACUGGGAUCCUUUGUUAGAACAAAAGCUAGGCACUUCCAGAAACACGUUCAAAAAAGAGCACAAGCAUUUUCAUAGGGCUUGAAGAUGGUGAUAUAUGCAUGGCCAUUUGAAGCCAAAUCCUAAAAUAUGAGCGGAUGAAUAGUUGGAUUUCAGAAAAAGGACAAAAGUCCACUGGAGCGCUAAACAGGAAAUGAAAAAAAGAGUAUAGAAUUGCUGUAUACAGUACAGUAUUACACAGUGCCAGACAUUCUGACUGCAGUAGACUAUGAUCUGCUGUUUAAAAUUGGAUUAGCAUGGUCUGCAUGUAGUUUACAAAUAUAGGGUACCACGGAUUACUAUGCCCCAUACUCCAUGAGAAGCAUCCUUAGUAUUAAAUUCAAAGCAUAUUUUUCACCAGCAGUGCUGCCAACUGGCUAGAGGGAAACUGAGUUUGAGCUUCAGUAACAAUAAUCUGAUUAGGGUAUUUGGUAAUUUAUCUGUCUAUUAGCCUCUGUACAGGGUGCCUCUCAAAAAAUCAGUUCUCUAAUCCCUUGCAGCUUCCACAGCGUUUAGCCCCUGCCAGUUGCUUCCUCUUUCUUCCUAAUAUGCUGAUAAUGACUGCCAGUCUUCAUUUACCACCUGUGUUUCAUUGAAAACUCUUGUGAAGAUUCAUUUCUUGGCGAGAAUUCAGACUGGGGGAAUUCCUGAAUUCUUGCAGCUGAAGUCUGGGAAAUAUAAAAGUUCCAUGCCUACUUUACACUCUCAUCUCCUUUUGUUUCUUCCACCCUCCCCUUCAUAUCUUGUGGGGCACUUCUGCCCUGCAGCCAUUUAGCUGCCACCACUGCCAGAAGAAAGCACAUUCACAAGACUUGACCACAGAGUAUGGGAGCUGACACAUUUUUGUGAAGAAUGCUUCCAUGCCCAGGCUGCUAUGCUCCAUGAUUGGAUUUCUGAGCUCUGCCAAGGUUUCUUCUUCUCAUGCUAUUGACUUAUUAUGGAAAUACCGAAGACUUCAUUAAGCUUGUGAACCUUGCAGGGAGGGCGGCACAGCUACACAGGUCAGUUAAAACAGUGGUCUCCAACCUUGGGCCUCCAGAUGUUCCUGGACUUCAACUCCCAGAAAUCCUGGCCAGCAGAGGU